AGUGGACUUGGGCGUUGUACUCCGCAUCUCAUUUGCGGCGGGGCCAAUUUCUCCAUUUACAAACUCCGCUCGGGGAAAAAAUUGAAAGAAUUCUGCGUUUCUUUUGCAUCUUUGCCACAUUUUUGCAACUUCUCCCACGUCGCUCUGCGGUCUGUCGGGCUCCGGGCUGCUUCAUCGGCUUCACUUGGAGAAGGAGGUGUCGCUGCAAGACUUGAAAUUUUGGGGAGGAAGCUUGCGGUCUUUGUUCAUUCAUUUGAUCGGUUGGGUUCCUUUGUUGCACCAAAAAGCAUGGGAGCACAAAUCUCCAAAACCGCUGGAAAAGAGGAAGCUGCGGUGGAAAAGCCUGCAGAAGGUGCAGCUGUUGCCGCGAAGACAAACGGACAGGAGAACGGCCACGCCAAGACCAACGGCGAUGCCUCUCCGACUGCAGAGGAGGCCAACAAAGCUGACGUUCAGGCCAACGGCAGCACUCCCACCGAGGAGGCGGCAGCGGCAAAGGAAGAAGGCCAGCAAGUAGAGGUUGCCGAGGCCAACGGCGAGAAAGAGGCCGCCGCCACAAACGGAGAAGCUUCCGCCAAACCGGAGGAAGGCACUCCGUCCACCAGCGAGGACGGCAAGCAGAAGAAGAAGCGCUUCUCCUUCAAGAAACCCUCCUUCAAGCUCAGCGGCUUCUCGUUCAAGAAGACCAAGAAGGAGUCUGAGGAGGCGGCAGAGGAAGGAGCAGCAGCAGCGGCGGCAGAAGGCGAGGCGGCAGCAGCAGAAGCAGCAGCCGAAGGAGAGAAGGCGCCGUCAGAGGAAGCAGCUGCUGCAGCUACCGAGGAGGCCAAACCUGCAGAGGAGGAAGCUAAGGAGGCUGCAGCAGAGGAGCCAAAGGCGGAGGAGGUGAAGGCAGAAGAACCAGCAGCAGCAGGAGGUGCAGCAGGAGAGGAGAAACCAGCCGAGGCUUCACCUACUGAACCAGAGACGGCAGCCAGUCCAGAGGUUGCCGCCGCCGCCGCCGCUGAGUAAUCCUGCUGCAGCAGACACCGGGAAUGAAGGAGGCGAAGGAGCCCGUCUGAAGGAAUGCGAGGACUUGUCUAAAACCAGGGAUUUUUUUUUGUUCAUUUUUUUUAUUUUUUUGUUUUUUUUCGUUGGUGUUUGUUUACUAUUCUGCAACCAUCUCAUCCAUAAUGACUGCAAGGUCCUUGGCAGUGAUGGACAGACAGACAGGAGGUGUACUGGAGAGAGUGCUGCUGCUUCCUCACUGCUCAUUGCUUCUUUGCAUGUGUGACGUCGUUGGCUGAGUGUGAAAGUGCGAAUGUGUGAGUGUGUGUGCGUGUUUUUUUUUUUUCUUCUACAUGAAAAACCAUGACUGUGUUGACACGUUGCUGAAAUUUGACAUUUUAUCAAAGUAUUUGGUGCUGGGCAAUUGGAUGUAGCAGCUAAAGCUGUGUCUGCAAGAUUUGACACAUUGUGAUAUUUAAAGGGAAAGUCCUAAACCAAGUCUUAAAUGUUGUCUUUGCAGUGCACAGUUGUUUACAACUUCUUUAAACUCGACGCUCCUGUGGACACAACCAUUCCUGAAUGAAGUAGAUUUAGUUAACUGUGGAAAAACAAAUAGGUGCUCAUCACUUCCCAUCAUUAGACUCCACCAUUUCAAAACUCUGUAGUAAUGCACGUUGUAUAGACUUUGAUAUUACUGGUUUUAUGACUGAGAUGUACCUAAAUGACUGAAGUUUUUAACAGAUUACCCAUUGUAAAUGAAGUUUUUUCUUGUUUUUCACCAUUUGUAAGAUUGAAUAAAAUUGGGAGAUGUUUUAAGCAA